GCUGACAAAAAGAGGUAUGAGAAUGCUUUGAGCUUCCGAUCACCAAAUAUGUCAUCGGAUUGGCAAUUAAGUGGCAGCAAUUUGACAAAUGCAUCCGUCGGGAUGGUUUCGAAUAGCAAUCCAAUGGUAGAUUCGUUCUGUGCUAGUGUUUGGGAUCAUCCGAUCAGUUCGUCAAACUUAGGCUUAUGUGAUACUAAUAUUCAAAUGAAUCAUGGCACGACAAAUGCACUUGACCCCCUGAGAACUAAUGUUAAUAGAAUGCUUGGUAUGAGUUGGACUCAACCAAAUGCAAUAUUGUUGAAAGGGGGUACGUUCGUACCCCCUCCUCCUGGUAUGCUUCCUCAGGGCUUAUCUCAGUUUCCAGCUGAUUCAGGUUUUAUUGAGAGAGCUGCAAGAUUUUCAUGCUUCAGUGGAGGAAAAGUUGGUGAUAUGACGAACCCCUUUACCGUCCCUAAUUCUCCUAAUAUGUAUCAUAAUGGACUGGCCUUGCAUCGGCCGCAGGAGGUUUUUGCUAGUAAAGGCUUACAGUCACCUUCUGCUGCAAUCAGUGAGAAGCAGCACACAGGAAAUGUGGUUGAAGGUUCUGAGGAUGUGUCUUUACCUCUUGAACAUGGAGCCACAGAUAGAAGCCCCCUCAAGAAUGAGAAAAAUGAAGGCUUUUCUAGGUCUCAGGAUGAAGCAAAGGAAUGCGUUGGCAUCCCCGGAAAUGAGUCUGAUGAGGCUGAAUGUAGCGGCCAUCAAGAAGAAGUAGAGGGUAAGGAUUCGUCUGCUAGGGGCCUUGGCUCAAAGAAAAGGAAAAGAAGCGGUCAGGAUACAGAACUUGAUCAAACGAAGGGAGCACAACAACUGCCAGCUGAACGAACAAAAGAUCAAACAGAAAUUCAGAAGGGAGAGCAAAACAGGCUUGGUGGAAAGAAUGGUAAACAGGGGUCUCAAUCGGCAGAUCCACCUAAAGAAGAAUACAUACACAUUCGAGCUCGAAGAGGCCAGGCAACAAAUAGCCAUAGUCUUGCAGAAAGACUAAGGAGGGAGAAGAUCAGUGAACGGAUGAAAUAUCUUCAGGAUCUUGUACCUGGUUGCAACAAGGUCACUGGGAAAGCAGUAAUGCUGGAUGAAAUCAUUAAUUAUGUACAAUCUCUUCAAAGACAGGUGGAGUUCCUCUCAAUGAAGCUUGCAACGAUAAACCCGCGGCUGGAUUUUAAUAUUGAUGGGCUCCUUGCAAAAGAUAUUCUCCAUUCACGGACGGUUCCUUCUUCGUCACUUGCUUUUGCUCCUGAUAUGACGAUGCCAUAUCACUCCUUGCAACAACUGCAACCCAGCCUACUUCAGUCAGGUCUUCUUGGUUUAGGAAACUCUACCGAUGCACUUCUUAGGUCGAUCUAUCCCCAUUUAUCCACAACUAGUGGUGGCUUCAAAGAGUCCUCAUCUCAGUUGCCUAAUAUAUGGGAUGAUGAGCUACAUAAUGUUGUCGAGAUGGGUCUCAGUACAAGUCCGCCCCUCCAUAGUCAAGAUUUAAGUGGUUCUCUGCCAUCAGGCCAGAUGAAAGAAGAACUUUGAACUUUGUUUUAGAUAUCAACUGCUUGAACUUUCUGUUUGUUGGGUACGUGGAACAUUUGGGAAGACGUCAUAGUGAAGAGCUAUUCCUAUGAAGAUGUUCUACGUUCGGGUGUACAGCUAAGAGUGUGUUUAUGGUGCACUUGACCUCCUUCUAUUUCAGUACCAUAUAAUUGGCUACCAAGAAAGUAACAACUUAUACCACGAGACACAAGUUCUUCAUCUGCAAUAUCAAAUGAAAGUUCAAGAAAAUUAUUUUAUAACCUGGAUGUAUAUGUAAGGAAAAUGGAUGAUGACAUUUGGUCUUAGUUCUUGAGUCUAUGAAAGAAAAUGACUAUAUUCUUGUUCAUUCUAUCUGGAAGAACAUGAAAAUGUACGCUUGAGGUAGGAAAGUGAAGUUGCAUUCUGUUCUUCCCAAUCA